CGCAACACCGCAGCGAGUUUUACAAAACCCAGAGCAGCGCGCGGGCAGCGCGUGCAGUUGGACGCAGCGCAGUGGCCAGACCGCGCGACAGGCUGCGCGUGCCGGAGGAUCUGUCAGGAUGCGCGGAAACGCAGCGGUUAUCAAGCGGGUUUUCUGCAGCAUUUUCUUGCUGUCCGCGUGCAGCGGCUCCUUGGGGGUCGCUGUGAACCGCCCCAGGAGGUCCGGGGAAUGGGAAACCCCUCUAUUAAACUCAAAAACUCUGACAGAACCCCAGUCGAGUACAGCAGGCUCGUGCAGAAACAGAUGUUUUGAACUGGCGGAGGCCGAGACGCCCAACUGCCGCUGUGACAACUUGUGCAAAACCUACAACAACUGCUGCCUAGAUUUCGACACUUACUGCUUGAAAACAGCGGGUGGCUUUGAGUGCAGCAAGGACCGCUGCGGGGAAACGCGUAACGAGGAGCACGCGUGCCAUUGCUCUGAGGACUGCCUCUCCAGGGGAGAUUGCUGCACCAAUUACAGAACACUCUGCAAAGGGGAUGCUCCAUGGGUGCAGGACGAAUGUGAGGAGAUCAAAAGCCCCGACUGUCCCGCUGGCUUCAUCCGCCCUCCUCUCAUCUUGCUGUCGGUGGAUGGGUUCCGUGCCUCCUACAUGAAGAGAGGCAGCGGAGUCAUCCCAAACAUCGAGAAACUGAGAACCUGUGGAACUCAUGCUCCUUAUGUGAGGCCUGUGUAUCCCACUAAAACCUUCCCCAAUUUGUAUACCCUCGUAACGGGCCUUUACCCCGAGUCCCAUGGAAUUGUGGGUAACUCCAUGCAUGACCCUGAGUUUGACGCCAACUUCCACCUCCGGGGCCGAGAGAAGCUAAAUCACCGUUGGUGGGGAGGUCAGCCUAUCUGGGUGACCGCCACAAAACAAGGAGUGAAGACGGCGACAUUCUUCUGGCCCGUGGUGAUCCCUCUGGAACGGAGGGUGCUGACCAUGCUGCGGUGGCUGAACCUCCCCGACGGGGAGAGGCCCUAUGUGUAUGCCAUGCAUUCGGAGCAGCCUGACGCAUUUGGACACAGGCUGGGACCCCUUAGUGGAGAGUUGAAUGGCCCCCUAAAGGAGAUCGAUAAGAUCGUUGGACAGCUCAUGAAUGGCCUUAAGCAGAUGAAGCUACACCGCUGUGUAAACAUCAUCAUCGUGGGAGACCAUGGUAUGGAAGAGGCUCACUGUGACAGAACGGAGUUUCUGAGCUCGUACCUUUCCAACGUGGACGACAUAUUCCUGAUACCUGGGUCACUGGGAAGAAUUCGUUCCCGAGUCCCCAGAGAUCCCAAAUAUGAUCCAAAAGCAGUUGUUGCCAAUUUGACGUGUAAAAAGCCGGACCAGCACUUCAAGCCAUACCUGAAGCAGCACCUCCCCAAGCGCCUGCACUAUGCCAACAACCGCCGGAUCGAGGACGUUCACCUGAUGGUGGAGCGGAAGUGGCACGUGGCCAAGAAAGCACCAGAAGGUAAAAAGCAUCCUGGGAAGUGUGUUUUUUCUGGAGACCAUGGUUACGAUAACAAGAUAAACAGCAUGCAGACCAUAUUCUUAGGUUAUGGGCCAAACUUUAAAUUCAAGACCAAAGUACCGGCCUUUGAAAACAUCGAACUGUACAACGUCAUGUGUGACCUCCUGGGUUUGAAACCAGCCCCUAACAAUGGAACCCAUGGCAGUCUGAACCACCUAUUGAGAAGUGCCCCUCACAAGCCCACCCCCCCAGAGGAGGUGUCCAAGCCCUCCCCAGCUGCACCUGCGACCACUGUCACUGAUGAUUUAGGGUGCAGCUGUGAUGACAAGUGGCGUUCAAAGCGUAGGGGGCUGAGAGCUUUGAAAACCACGCUUAUAAGAGGCUAUAACCAGGAGUCACUGUGGCUCUGUCUGUUACAGAACAAAGUGGAAGAGCUCAAUCAGCGACUGAGGCAAGCAAUAGAUGACAGCAGGAACCUUCCAUAUGGUCGACCAGCUGUUUUGUUCAAAGCGAAAUACACUGUUCUCCACCACAGUGACUAUAUCAGCGGCUACAGUGAAACUCUCGCUAUGCCGCUGUGGACGUCGUACACGGUGUCCAAGCAGGUGGACGUCGCCCUUCUCCCCGAGUCGCUGAUCGGAUGCGUGAGGCCUGACGUCCGCGUGUCUCCGGGCAAUAGCCAGUCCUGCUCCGGGUACAAGGCUGACAAGCAGAUCUCCUACAGCUUCCUGUUUCCUCCACAGCUGGCCUCCGCUCCUGAUGCGAGGUACGAUGCUUUCCUGAUCACGAAUACAGUUCCAAUGUACCCGGCCUUCAAAAGGGUGUGGAACUACUUCCAGAAGAUCCUGGUGAAGCGAUACGCCAGCGAGCGGAACGGCAUCAACGUCGUGAGCGGCCCCAUCUUUGACUACGACUACGACGGCCUCCGGGACACUGCCGAGAAGCGGAAACAGUACGUCAGCGGCUCGGUGGCUAUUCCUACACACUACUACAGCGUGCUGACCAGCUGCCUGGACUACACCCAGACUGUGGACGCAUGCGAUGGUCCCCUUAGCGUCUUUUCCUUCAUCCUCCCGCACCGGGCGGACAACGACGAGAGCUGUAACAGCUCUGAGGACGAGUCGAAGUGGGUCGAGGAGCUGAUGAAGAUGCAUACGGCACGGGUGCGAGACGUGGAGCUCCUCACCGGGCUGGACUUCUACCGCCGGACGAGCCGCACCUACAAUGAGAUCCUCUCCUUAAAGACUUACCUGCACACAUACGAGAGCGAGAUAUAGGGUCCGCCUCACCCCAGAAUGUCAGCGCUUACAAGGUGUAUAUUUUCAUAAAAGCGCUCAUAUUUAUUAUUCCUCCAAAUGUUUAAUGCUAGCUAUCACUAAGUUUCUCUGUCCAUAUUUUUUUGUUAUUUUUCAGUAAUAAGCAUGAGAAGACUUAUUUUUAUAAUGUAAUUUUAUCUUUUUCUGUAAUUUAGAGUUUGUGGGAAGUGUUUUAUACAUGGUUGGAAUGAUUGCCACUUAAAUAUAGUGAAAUGGGGGCUGUAGCGGUACUGCGAGCUGUGACGAACGUGCUUUAUGAAACGACGUACAAGGCUUUGCGUCACAGUAAACCGACUUACUCUGAAUUUUUAACUGCACAACAUUUACUAUGGUGCUGGAUUGGAUUUUUACUACAGGAUAUGAUUUUUGAGCGGGUUUACAUACAGUAUUUUUUGUUUGACCUAUUGUUGGCAAAUUCCACUAAAUGAAUAUUGUCUGUAAAAAAAUGUAUUGAGUGUAGUUGUGAGGCUGGAGUUGAA